UCGAACUCCGCUUCACUUGUGUUUUUUUUCUAAUUUUACUGUCAUUAGGCCGAUAAUUUGAUGCAUAUUUUGUAUGCAACAGUUAUUUUGACUUGUUAUAGUGCUCUAUUAUGUACCAAAUCAUCGUAGGGAAUGCUCUAAGUGCGUCUAUAAACUAAAAUCAAUAACAAUCAUUGACCAACAAAGUUACCAAGAUGAAUUAUGAAGCCGAGAGAGCCAUGAAUCAGAAGCGAUUGCGAAUGGAGGGCGAACCGGGCCACGGUGUUGUCCAGGGGAACGGUUUGCCGCUAAAUUACAUAGAUAAUGGUCAUCAAAUACCGUACCAGCCGUAUGCUGGUGCGUAUAACACUCACUAUCCGCCGCCGGAAGCGUUCUCGCCGUACGGGCCGCCGCCCCCGGGGGGCUACGCGCCGCAGAACCUGUCGUACGCGCCUCCAGCUCACCAGAACUACCCGCAUCACCAGAGUUUCCCGCCACAACAGCCGCCGCAGGCACAACUGCACAUGCCUCAGUCCCAUAUGGUUCAAGGUUAUGGAGACGUGGGGGUGCACAAGCCUGCCUGGCCGCCGCAGCCACAUCUACUGCCUCCGUUAGACACUCAGAAGCCCCUUGACGUGAAGCAGCUCAAGUCUGAAAUCAAACUUGAACCGACCGAUGCUCAGAAACGACCACAUCCAGAGAGCGAGAUGAUGGCACGGCAGAGAGAGUACAAUGUCCACAUUCCCAGUUCUUUGGGCGGGGACUUGGAUCAACCCAAAAUAAAGAUAAAGACAGACAUAUUUAAACCUGAUGAUUUGGCGCACAGACAGGACAAGCCCAUUGAUGUUGGACAGAAACCAUUAUCAAUAGAUGGGCUACAUAAGCCAGCUGAUAUGCAAAGUAAAGAUGAUGGGCAUCCAAUCAUUGGAGUUGAAAAUAAGUCCAUUGAUAAACCUGCUGAAGCAUGCAAAGCCGAAGCAGCGGCGGAGGGCGCGGGCGACUCGCAACGUGCCGCAGAACCCACCACUCUUAGUGACAAGAGUGAAGAGGAUAGGAAACCGUUCAGCAGUCCGGAGCUACCCAAGUCCGGGUCUAUACCGGGGAAAGUGCCUACUCCCGGCAGUGAGCCCAAGAAGAGGGGCCGGCCGAAGGGUUCCACCAACAAGCCGAAGCCGCCCGGGGCCCCGCGCGCGGCCGGGCCCCCGGCGCCCCGGGCCCCGCCGCCGCGGCCCCUGCCGCAGCCGCCAAGACCCAGGGCUACGGGAUACCAGUAUGCUAUCAGACCGUUCAGGAAGGACUUCUCGGGGAUACAGUUUAGAAGGCGAUGGAGUGACGACUGCCUAGACUCGUCCCACAUCCCGAACGAAGUGUACUUCGGAGACGUACCCGUCUCGCUGGAAGUGCUGUACAACUACUACGACGCUAACGCCGAGCGCGAGCGCUUGGCCGCUCAGGCCGCACACAUCGCCGCGCAGAAGGCCGCGGCCGCCAAGCUAGCGGCUGCCAAGCUGCAGGCGAGGGGACUUGUGCCGCACACUACCGAGGUGAGUGAUGUACAACUACUACUACGCUUGGCCGCUCAGGCCGCACACAUCGCCGCGCAGAAGGCCGCGGCCGCCAAGCUAGCGGCUGCCAAGCUGCAGGCGAGGGGACUUGUGCCGCACACUACCGAGGUGAGUGAUGUACAACUACUACUACGCUUGGCCGCUCAGGCCGCACACAUCGCCGCGCAGAAGGCCGCGGCCGCCAAGCUAGCGGCUGCCAAGCUGCAGGCGAGGGGACUUGUGCCGCACACUACCGAGGUGAGUGAUGUACAACUACUACUACGCUUGGCCGCUCAGGCCGCACACAUCGCCGCGCAGAAGGCCGCGGCCGCCAAGCUAGCGGCUGCCAAGCUGCAGGCGAGGGGACUUGUGCCGCACACUACCGAGGUGAGUGAUGUACAACUACUACUACGCUUGGCCGCUCAGGCCGCACACAUCGCCGCGCAGAAGGCCGCGGCCGCCAAGCUAGCGGCUGCCAAGCUGCAGGCGAGGGGACUUGUGCCGCACACUACCGAGGUGAGUGAUGUACAACUACUACUACGCUUGGCCGCUCAGGCCGCACACAUCGCCGCGCAGAAGGCCGCGGCCGCCAAGCUAGCGGCUGCCAAGCUGCAGGCGAGGGGACUUGUGCCGCACACUACCGAGGUGAGUGAUGUACAACUACUACUACGCUUGGCCGCUCAGGCCGCACACAUCGCCGCGCAGAAGGCCGCGGCCGCCAAGCUAGCGGCUGCCAAGCUGCAGGCGAGGGGACUUGUGCCGCACACUACCGAGGUGAGUGAUGUACAACUACUACUACGCUUGGCCGCUCAGGCCGCACACAUCGCCGCGCAGAAGGCCGCGGCCGCCAAGCUAGCGGCUGCCAAGCUGCAGGCGAGGGGACUUGUGCCGCACACUACCGAGGUGAGUGAUGUACAACUACUACUACGCUUGGCCGCUCAGGCCGCACACAUCGCCGCGCAGAAGGCCGCGGCCGCCAAGCUAGCGGCUGCCAAGCUGCAGGCGAGGGGACUUGUGCCGCACACUACCGAGGUGAGUGAUGUACAACUACUACUACGCUUGGCCGCUCAGGCCGCACACAUCGCCGCGCAGAAGGCCGCGGCCGCCAAGCUAGCGGCUGCCAAGCUGCAGGCGAGGGGACUUGUGCCGCACACUACCGAGGUGAGUGAUGUACAACUACUACUACGCUUGGCCGCUCAGGCCGCACACAUCGCCGCGCAGAAGGCCGCGGCCGCCAAGCUAGCGGCUGCCAAGCUGCAGGCGAGGGGACUUGUGCCGCACACUACCGAGGUGAGUGAUGUACAACUACUACUACGCUUGGCCGCUCAGGCCGCACACAUCGCCGCGCAGAAGGCCGCGGCCGCCAAGCUAGCGGCUGCCAAGCUGCAGGCGAGGGGACUUGUGCCGCACACUACCGAGGUACAGACAGUAGACUCGUCAUCAUCAGACGAUUCGUCCGGCUCAUCGGGCAGCGACUCCGAGGAGAGUGACGAGGAUACGCCACUGAAGCGGGGCCCGGGCAGGCCGAAGGGCUCCAAGAACAGUCCGCGGGCCCCCGGCACCCCGGGCACGCCGGGCUCCGGGGCCCCUGGGACCCCGGGCUCCGGCCGCCGGGGCCGCCCGCCGGUCCCGCCGGAACUGCGCCAGCCCGGGAUCACGGAUAUGAAGAAGUUCUGCAAAGCUGCUGGUAUACGCUUCGAUUAUAAGAAGCUCGUUGAAGGUUGUACGAAAAACAAAGAACGCGUACAAAAGAUGCUGGAUCUUCUCACGGCUGCUGGUUUGGAAGGCAAGCCCACGCUGGAGAAGUGCCAAGCGCUGAAGAAGGCCAAGAUGGAGAAGAAGGAACAAGAGAAACAGGCCAAGAAAGAGGCUAAAGUUAAGCACAAAGAAGUCGCCGCGACCCCCGAGGGCGGUCGUCGCAUGACGCGCGGAGCCACGGGCGUGAAGCCGCGACAGCGCAUCGUGAUCUCGUCCGACGAGGAGGACGACACGCCCGCCGCCAGGCGCACGCUCUCCAAGCUGCGCUCCUCGCUCAACGACGACUCCGACUCCGACUAGGUAGUCGACACAUCUCUGCCUGGUAAGAGUAUACAAUAGACAGUACAAUAGUACGAGAGUACUUCGGGCAGUGAACACAAGUGACCUCUAGAAAGUGCUUCGACGGAGGUUCGGACUUAGCCGUAGUGACUACUUCCUACUAAUAUUAGUGUUUGCGUCGAAAUUACAUAAUUAGCGGUGUGGUAGUGGAAAUAACAAAAUGGCGGGGUGAAACGAUGUUGGAUUUGAAAAGCAGAAAAUAUGAGUAUGCUGGCAAGUAAAAAUGCAAGCUAUUUUGUAACUUGACUGAAGAAUGCAAUAUGUAUAUUGUCGGUGUACUUAUUUCUUUUGCUAGACAUACUUCGUAUGCACAUAAGACCAGCUAGCUAUUAGUAGUUAAUAAUUACAUAUUUAGAACAGUUAAAAGAUCAUAAAUUUUCGUAAAUCUCAAUCUAAAAUCAAUCUAAAUUAUGUCGGAAUUUCGUUUCACCGCGGCCUCAAUAUAUGCUGAUUAUAAGAGUGCAAUGAAAGCGUAGCCAACGUUAAGUUAUCGACAGUGACAAUAUAGUAAAACAGCAUAAUUUAUCAUCACAGUCGUGAUUAGCCGUAGAGUAGGGAUAGGAGGUGGUAAUUAAACUGGUGUACUCAGAUAUUCCUUUAAUGAUAUGUCGAGGCAUAAUGACGCGAAGUUUACUUUGUAGUAAUACUAUCACUAUUAAAUUUAUUUAACGUAACAGGAAAACAAAAUAGUCCUGAUAGGCACUCGUCAUUCUACAAAUUUAUUUUGGUUUUAAACAGUUUUUUAUAAGUUAUCAUCAGCCAAUAUUAUACUGUUAUAAGAUACACGGACGUUUUUGCUGUCGGUGAACUUGGGUCUUAAGGAAUAUCUUAGAAUACCAGUGUUAUUGAAGAACAAAGCUGAUAUAAUAGUUUCAAAUGAAAGUAUAGAAGAAAGAGUUUUAGAAAUAUCUAGGAUCUCCUUUUGAAAGAUUUUAGUUUCCAAAGAAAUAAUAUAACCAUGUCAUCUUAAGGCCACUUCCAAAAUUGUAUCUGUCUGUUGGCUUACUUACUAUGGAUAGAAUUUUGACAUUAGCCGCAAACAACUAAUUUCAAAAUCCUAUCUUUAGCAAGCAAAACAGUAGAUACUCAGACAAUAUUGGGAACGGCCAUUAAAAACGAAUAUUUCGUUUGAAUUUCUUGGUUCUGUGUUCUAGAAUCUUCCAAAAAGGAGUCAAGUUAAGAGAGUAUGAAUUAAUAAUAGUGCUUUAUAUUUUAAUGUCGCAAUACAGAUCACUAAUGACGUCAUUCCAUUAUAUUGGCGCGGUGUCACGGCUUAUUACUAACCCCUUUAUAUUGUGUUUUUAUAUCACUGACCAACAGUGGAAACAAGCCUUAAAAAAACCUACUUUCUUUUAUAAAACUACAUGUUGUAGUAUACUAAGGGCCGAUUUUUCAAUCGCCAAAUCACUUUCAUCUGUAGAAUGAGUUUGACGUUUUGACAGCCUUUGUAAAGAUAUGCCAAACCGCCAUAUUUGUACCACAGAUAGCUAAGUUAAUUGAUGAUUGAAAACUCAUGAAAUCCUAUCAUUAGGCCCUAAAGCAAUCGCGAUAUCACAAAACAUUCGAUCUCUCCUAAUUUUAUAUUAAAAAACUGCGAUUGGAACACUAGUCAUAAAACAUAUAGAAAUUAUUGAAAAAAGACAAGUCGGCAUAUUUUUUAAUCUGGCAGCUUUAUUUAUUACUUUUUAAAAUUGGAAGGGAUUGGCUUUAGAAAAUGGUGGCUGAAGGAAAAAGGCGUUCCUUAGUGAAUAUUAUAUUUGUAGGACUAAAACCCCUCGCCUACUUUAAGUAGUGGUAGAAGCUUAAGGCACUCAAUAUUGUUCAUUUGUGCCUAUAAUACUAAUAAAAAAACGAUAUAUAAUUCUAUCUGUGUGAAUCUUACAUUAUAAAGAUAUAAUUUUCAUUAAAUAGCAGAAUACGUUGUAUUAUGAUUGGAGUCAAAUUUUAUACUCUAGUUUAUAUAACAAAAAAAGUAAUAUUAACUAUUAUUGAUAUCAAUAAAUUGGUAACACCAAGACAUUUAUUAAAUUUAGAUGUUGUAUAUAUUAAAGAAAAAUACAUAAUAUUGUGUGUCCUGCGUUAUUUUUGUACAGGUUUGCCGAAAUGAUGUAUGGUAUCGGCUUUGUAUAUACGCUAGCGAAUGAAUGGAGGCAAAAAUAUGGGUGACUGAUACAUAGCCGAAUGAGGAUGGCACUGAGUUCUCUUACUUUAGUUUUUAAACUGUGGUGCGAGACGACCAAUUUUUAAGUACACUGUCAUUUGCAAACACCCCCUUAAAUGUAUAAAUAGGGGGUGACGCUCGCAAUUUUUUUCAAUGUGAUGAUUUUUAUGAUUUUGUUCCCAUAUUAACAGCUAGGAGCUAAACUUAGCCGAAGAACGAAUUUAUAUUUUUAUUUAUUAUUUUAUCGGAUAUAAGAAUCUCAAUGAACGCAACGGGACUUUAAUAUUUGUGUUCAAUCGGGAGUACUAAGAGCAAAAUUAAAGAUUUUCAUAAUAAGUACCAUGUAUAAUGUAUCGGUGUCGUUAUUUUGAUAAUUGUAUAGUUAUAUGGUUUAGCAGAUGUGUGCGAACAUCGGUUAUAAUCGCCUUAAUCAGACACCAAUAAUAAUGCAAUACUUUUUUAUAGUUAAAAUAUUAAGUGCUAUUAAGAGAGUUUUUUUGGGGUGACCAACGCUGCGGUUUCUACUAAAACUUUAAUUUCACAUGAUUUUGUAUAAGCGUGAAAUAAUUUGUCAUAAAUCUACGACGCUGGCGUUCAAGAGUUUAAAUAGUAUUUUUAAAACAUUAAACAAUGCUUGUAAAAUCUAUGGAAAGUGAUUUUUAAUGAAUAUGAAUGAUUUUUAAUAAAUAAUGAAUGAUAAAGUGUGAAAAUGAUCACGAUAUCAUUAAAAUUAUAUGAGUUGUACAUAUUAGACGUAGUUAUAGUUUUAAGUUUUAUUAUUAAUUUUAAGAUGUAAUAGAUAUUUGUAUUUGUAAGAUAUAUUUAGAUGUGUUUCUUUUACCAUAUUAUAUAAUUGACGGCUACGGUAAUUUUGGUAGUAAAAAUAUUUCCAUAGAAUAAAAGCAUUUCAAUUAUUGCAUUUCUAACUACAAAUAGUGUCUCUUCAAUAACUCGGGAAUAAUUUGAGCAGACUAAAUAACUUUUAAUACAUCGUCAACUAUGCCUUCCAUAUUUUCUGAAGGCCGAUAUACUGCUGUAUUAUAAAAAUUUACCUACUAUCGUAGGAAACAUAAUGACCCCAUGAAUCGGCAAUCUUUUAAACAUAGAACAGUAGUCAGCCAUUUUUAUGUCUUAGCAAUAAUACAGUAAGCUUAGAUUCCAAGUUUGAAAUUUUGUUACCAUAGACAAGCUUAACAAAAAAGUCUAUGAGCAAGAAGGUUAGCUUUCAGUGUUCAGCCUAUUUACCGCGGCCGUGUUAUAUUAGUCACCUAUAUAUAAAAAUAUAUUAUAUUUAGUAUAAGAAUAUGCUUUUCGCCGGCAAACUAUGUUUUUUUAAAUAUUUAUAGAUAAUAUUUUCCUUGCCAAUACAUGAGGCGUAUAGAAUUUUUCUUAUUUACUCAAUUUAAAGGCUUUCACCGAAUAUUUGAAGGGAAGAAUACUAGAAAUCGAUUGAACAUAUUUUGUUCUGUAAAUUAUAAUAAAUCAAUAAUUGGAAAAGUAAUCAAUACUUAUCUGUUUUAAAUCAAUCAAUUAAUUGAAGAAUUAAAAAAAAAUACAUAAACACAAAUUGCUAAUUGUGGAUAAAAUCAUAUUUAAAAUAUUUUUUUUAUUAAUGGGACUUAAAAUCAAUUGUUUCACCGGCAGCCAACACAAAUAUCAGAAUAGUUUUGUCGUCAUACAAAAGUAUUGAUAUUAUGGCUGAUUAUAAUGGCAAUAAAACUUACUAAAUAAAGUUCCUAGCAGCCUAAUCAAAACUAUUUUGAUUGUAUUUGGUCUAUUUCCCUUUGGAAAUCAACAAUUUACGAACGUUUUAGUUCCAAACUUUUUGGUGUGGCAAUACUAAGGCUGUAUUUUAUAGAAAGGUAUCACUAUAAAUGACGAUAAUUAUAAUUUAAAAAGGCAAUUAAUUAAUUAUUAUUCUAAAACAUAUUUGGCCAAUAUAAUGUCUUCCUUUUUGAAGUGUAUUUAUUGAUAGCAAGUAGAAAAAAAAACAUGAUUUUACCAACUCAUUGUUUACUUUGAGGAAAGUGUGGAAGAAUACUAAAAGUCUGAUACAUAAAUUUAUGUAAAAUUCUUACAUACAAAUACACUCGUAUUUAAUUAUAUUGUAUUCAGGACGAAUAAACGUUGAUAAACGUCUUAUUUUGCUGUAAAUAUUAAUACGCGACUAAUCUUUUUGGCAAUACCCAAUGUGUCAGAAAACCAAUUGAGGUAAAUACAAAUUAUUUAAAUAAAUAAUAUUUUGCAUUCCGUCAUCUUUAAUUAUCGCCAAUUUUUCCUCAGUUGAAAUGGACCCAAAACAAAACAAAAAAGACCUAAAAUAAAAGGUCUCGUUAAUUUUUUUCAAAAAUUAUUGUUUUAAAAAUCUAUCUGCUAUAAAAAAAAUUGAAUAUUUUACAGACAGGUCCUAAAGGUCAAUAAUUCCUGAGGGACACGUGUUCAAAACGUCCGAAACCGGUUUUAUUCCAGAAUAACCGAUACCGGUUUUUUUUUUGCAAAUGUAAGAGCUCAAAAGCUCUCACGCUACCGGUUAUUUAAAAGAAAGUAGCCCUGUAUAAAAUCGUCAUUUCGAGUGGUACCUUUCUUCAAGCGGUGACAAUGUAAAUAUAAUUGAAUUGAUAAAUAUUGGAUUGUGAUCGAAAAAUAAUUUAGCUUUUUUUUAUUGGUAUUUGACACCUCCAACCAAUAUGUGCAAUAGUUUUUGAAAUAAAUAUGGAAUUAGUAAAAUAGCUUUUAACGUAAUUUAAUUGCAAUGUCAACUGUUUUUUUUUCCUUUCAGUUUUUGAUGCAGCUAAAAAUCAAUUAAAAAUGGAACUGGAAAAAUAAUGUUUUAGACUGAAACCGCCUUAUUAUAGAACUUGGUCUUAAAUUAAAAAGUACAGUAGGUACUAGAUUUCUUUGUUCAAGACCAUGGUUUAUACCUGGUACUAAAAACCCGGUUAUUUUUAUAUGACCACGGUUUUUUAAUAUGGUGUAUAAAGUCUAGCCAACUUAUUAUAAAACGUGAUUUAGAAGUACCUGCUUUAGUAAUAGCUUUAGCGCUAGUUCAGACACGGGGGGAACCGCGCGAUUAUAGAAUCGCACGGAAAUCGCGCGGGUCUUAUUUAUGAGUUAGUUAGUAAUCGUUCAGACAUAACCGCGCGGUUACCGCAAUCCAACCGCCAGAAAAUAGAAUCGCGCUGCUCCCGCGCGUUUCUAUUACUAUGGAGUCUUUAACACGCACGAAAUCGCAUACUAACCGCGCGUGUCUAAAUAGCAUCACAAUUUUGCGGUUUCAAACCGCGCGAUUCGUAAACGCACGAUUCCCGCAUGUCUGAACGCAGCCUUAGUCCACUUAUUUUGUUCGGGAAGGUGGUACAAAAACUGGUACUUUUUUUAAACCACGUGUUAUAGUAAGGUGGUAGAAGUCUAGUUGGUUGUUGGUGUCAAAUAUCCCAUUUUUGAUGUACAUAUUCGCGUGCGUGCCGGAAUAGUAUGUUCGCGAACAUGUGAAAUUGUCGGUGACAGCUAAACGGCUGAUGUAUAUUAUUUGCGUAAGAUAAACUUUUGUAUAAAUACAUUAAUUCGGAUGUAGAAUGCCAUAUUGUGAUUAGUUUGUUAGCGACACGAAAUAUUUUUCAAAUAAAAAUAUCUAUGUAUACAUUA